CUUUAGUCACUUCCUCUCUGUCCUAGGAGCGUGGUAAAGAUGGCGGAGCCAAACUCUGUCCCAAGUGAUCUCUAUAAAUGCGUUUAUUCGUUCCUGCUGGAGAACAAGUUCACCAAGGCGGCUCAGCAGUUCAUCAAGCAGACUAAAGUUAUUCCACAAGAUCAAAAUGAAGAAAGUCUGGUCAACAUCUACAACUUCUGGGUGAAGUCUCCUGAGGCCAGGAAACGGAAAGCAGCUCCAGCGUCAGUUAAUGGACCAUCAGCCAAGAAGGCCAGGCCCAGCGCAGAAAGCUCCAGCAGUGAGGACUCAAGUGACUCUGAGGAGGAGAAGAAGGCUCCUGUAAAGACUGCUCUUAAGGCUGCGCCUGCUGCUGCAGCGGGUAGCAGCACGAGGAAGAAGGACAGCAGCUCUAGCAGCGAAGAGUCAGACUCUGAAGAUGAGCAACCCGCCAAAGCUCCUGCAGCGAAAGUCGUCACAGCAGCCAAAGCAGUUGCUUCUGCUCAGAAGAAGCAGGAGAGCAGCAGUGAAGACAGCUCCUCCGACUCUGAGGAUGAACCACCAGCAAAGGCUCCUGCUAAAGCUGCUCCAGUAAACAAAGCUGCAGCUCCAGUAAACAAAGCUGCAGCUCCUGCUGAAUCCAGCAGUGAAGACUCUUCAUCUGAAGAUGAAACUCCACCAAGCAAAAAACCCAAACCAGGACCGUACAGCGCCGUCCCUCCUCCUGCCUCCAUCCAGAAGGCUCCUGCUGCAGCUGCUGCUAGCAAAGCCAAGGCCAGUGAGUCCUCAGAGAGCAGCGAUGACAGUAGUGAUGAAGAGGAGAAGAAGAAGGCGGCUGUAAAACCUGCUCCUGUGAAGAAAACCACCACAAAACCUGCAGCGACCAAACCUGCAGCAAAGAAGCAAGAGUCCAGUUCAGAGAGCUCCGAUUCAAGCUCAGAUGAAGAAGAAGCCAAGAAGCCUGCAGCUAAAGCAGCCCCGGCUAAAGCAGCCCCGGCUAAAGCAGCCCCGGCUAAAGCAGCCCCGGCUAAAGCAGCCCCGGCUAAAGCAGCCCCGGCUAAAGCAACCCCGGCUAAAGCAACCCCGGCUAAAGCAACCCCGGCUAAAGCAACCCCGGCUAAAGCAACCCCGGCUAAAGCAACCCUGGCUAAAGCAGAAGACUCUGAGGAAGACUCAAGUUCAGAUGAGGAGGAAGAGGAGGUGAAGAAACCUGCAGCAAAGACUCCUCCUGCCAAACCUGCUGCUGCUACUAAAGCUGCUGCGUCCAACACUCCUGCUAAAAAGGAUUCCUCCUCUUCCUCAGAGGAUUCCAGCUCAGAGGAGGAACAGAAGGCGGUUAAAAAACCAGCAGCCAAAGCUCCAUCUGCAAAAACCGCUGCAGCAAAGAAAGACGAGACCUCGAGUUCAGAAAGCAGCUCUGAAGAUGAGGCUUCAGCAAAGCCGCCCACCAAGGCCGUGACCCCGAAGGCCCAGCUUGCUGCCUCUAAAUCCCCUGCCAAGGCAGCAGAGACGAGCUCAGACUCAGAGGAUUCCUCUGACGAAGAGGACGAACCCCCAAAAUCUAAGCCAGUUGCUAAAGCAGCAGCUGCUGCUGCUCCUAAACCAGCUGCCCCAAAACUCGCUGCCCCAGCUGCAAAGCCUGCUGCAGCAGCAGACAGCAGCUCCGACUCCUCCUCUGAAGAUGAUGAGCCGGCGAAGACCAAACAAACAGCCCCUAAAGUGGCAACACCAGCUUCAAAAGCUUCAACUCCUGCAGCCAAACCUGCAGCAGCAGCAGAGAGCAGCUCAGACUCUGACUCAUCAGACGAAGAAGAAGAGCCGGCUAAGGCUAAGCCAGCGUCAAAACCUGGAACACCUGCAGCCAAGGCAGCUACCCCAGCCUCAAAGCCUGCAGCUAAAAUUGCUUCUAAAACUGCAGCUGGCACAUCAAAGCCUGCAACACCUGCAGGAAAACCUGCAGCAGAAAGCAGUUCUGACUCUGACUCUUCUUCUGAAGAUGAAGAACCAGCCAAGGCUAAACCAACAGCAACUAAAGCACCUACCUCAGCCUCAAAGCCUGCAGCUAAAACUGCAGCAGAAAGCAGUUCUGACUCUGACUCUUCUUCUGAAGAUGAAAAACCAACCAAGGCUAAACUUACAGCAACUAAAACAUCUGCCCCAGCCUCAAAGUCUGCAGCUAAAACUGCAGCUGGCACAUCAAAGCCUGCAACACCUGCAGGAAAACCUGCAGCAGAAAGCAGUUCUGACUCUGACUCUUCUUCUGAAGAUGAAGAACCAGCCAAGGCUAAACUUACAGCAACUAAAGCACCUACCCCAGCCUCAAAGUCUGCAGCUAAAACUGCAGCUGGCACAUCAAAGCCUGCAACACCUGCAGGAAAACCUGCAGCAGAAAGCAGUUCUGACUCUGACUCUUCUUCUGAAGAUGAAGAACCAGCCAAGGCUAAACUUACAGCAACUAAAGCACCUACCCCAGCCUCAAAGUCUGCAGCUAAAACUGCAGCUGGCACAUCAAAGCCUGCAACACCUGCAGGAAAACCUGCAGCAGAAAGCAGUUCUGACUCUGACUCUUCUUCUGAAGAUGAAGAACCAGCCAAGGCUAAACCAACAGCAACUAAAACAUCUUCCCCAGCCUCAAAGCCUACAGCUAAAACUGUCGCUGGAGCAUCAAAGCCUGCGACACCUGCAGGAAAACCUGCAGCAAAACCUGCAGCAUCCUCUGAAAGCAGCUCUGACUCUUCCUCUGAAGAUGAAGAAGCAGCUAAACCCAAAGCUGCAGUGACCAAAGCAGCAACCCCAGCCUCAAAGGCUGCCGCCUCAAAGCCUGCUACUCCUGCAGCAAAAACUGGUAAAACAAAGAGCAGCUCAGAGUCUGACAGCUCCGACUCAGAAGAAGAGGCCUCUCCUGCUAAACCUGCAGCCACCAACGGCAAAGCAGCGACUCCUAAAGCUGCAGCUACAGUGGCGAAGGCAACUGGUAAGCCUGCUGAGUCUUCGUCCAGUGACAGCAGCUCUGAGGAGGAAGUAGCCUGUAAAACUAGUCAAGUUAAAGCUGCUGCUGCAGCAGCAAAGAGCAAGACGAUGGCGGCAGCCAAAGCCGAGGAGAGCAGCAGCUCCUCAGACAGUUCCUCAGAAGACGAAGCUCCGCGGAAAGCAGCCACGGCUCCCCCCACUCCCACAGCCAACAAUACAAAUGGAAAGAGGAAACGUGAUGAAGAGUCAUCAGAAAGUGAAGAGGAGGAAGAGGCAGCUGUAAAGACGCCAAAAAAUAAGAAAGUAACGACCACACCGCAGACUUUCCCCAAAGCCAACAAGAAGUCCACCAACAUACCGUUUCGUAGAAUAGUCGAAGAACGCGUAGAAGUCGAUCCCCGACUGGCAGAUAACUCCUUUGAAGCUAAGCAUGGAGCCAACGGAGACUGGGGACAGAGAGCUAAUGAGGCUCUCAAGUUUACCAAAGGAAAGUCAUUCCGCCACGAAAAGACGAAAAAGAAGAGAGGGAGCUACCGCGGCGGAGCCAUUUCCACCUCAGUCAACUCCAUCAAGUUUGACAGUGAUUGAUCUCUCUUAAUCCAGCUGUAACCCAGCUGUGUGCUCAGGAAUCUGUUGUUUGGUCCCUCAGCCCUUGGAGACGGUCUGAGCAUCACCUGAGCAACUGAGCCCAGCUGGCACUUAAUGUACUCAUCUACCUUUGGUCUUUGAUCUGAUUCAAGGUGUGAUAUUACUUAUGGCCACUAGGUGGCUGCAGGCCGCCAAUUGAUGGUACAGAGCUGAAGCUUAUGUUAACCUGCCCCUCUGUCUCAAACGAUUUGUGUCCUGUAACUUUCAUUCUAUAGGUUUAAUUGUCAAUUAUCUCUCAGUGAAUGACAUCCAUCCGACCUAUCAGGCUCAGUAUGUGUUUUUUUUUUUUUGUAAUGGAUCUGAGGUAUUGUUAAAUUUAGAUUUGGAGCAGUGAGUGUUUGGGCUUUUUUUCCCCUCUUACAAUCACAGUAAACAUUAAAGUUUUAUACUGUAUUUAUAGUAAAAUUUUAUUCCAGGUGGGAUUGUUAGAGCCACCAAUUUCUGCUCCAUGCCUUUUCUAAAGGAACUUUUGUUUUGAUCCUGUUUGUUUUGAUGUGAGGAUGCUCAUGUUAACCCUCCACGUUGUUCAGUAGUGAUAAUGAAUUAUUAGUAGAACUGAGAGCCGUCUUUUCAGUGUAAUGUUGAAGCUUCUGGUUUUUUUUUAUUAUUCUUCUAACUUUAAAUAAAAAUCUAACAAUAAAAUAUUUGCGUUGA